ACUGAGACAAGAAAUUGGCCAUCAGAAGGAAGAUAUGAUACAGUCAGCUACAUUUGCUGGCAGAGUACAAAAUGUAUCCCAUUUUCAGGAGUUUAUGUCGUAGAAUAUGGGAACUGCUAUACGAUACAGUCACCAAAAUAUGUUGCCUGGCGCAGCGGACCUACACACGCAAUCAAAUUGACAUUAAAUGUUGAAAUCGACGAAUAUGUUGAUAACUUUUCGACUGGUUAUGGAAUUCGUAUAGUAUUUCACGAGCCUGGAACUUAUCCCUUACCUUCACACGAAGGUAUUACGCUAAGCCCAGGAACUGAGACAAAUGUCGGCUUGCGAAUGGUUCGAAUUUCAAGGCUUGGAGAGCCGCAUGGAGACUGCAUAGAUGGAAAGGUGUUUGCUGAAAGAUAUAAAAAGAAAUACAGUAUAGCGGCAUGUUAUGAGUUCUGUCGAAUUCUGAAAGCAAUCCAAGACUGCGAUUGUAUCCCCGCUGAAUCGCCUGAUGAAAUUCACCUCAACUCCACGGCUUUACCUGUCUGCAACACGUCAGCUGAAGGAGUGGAAAAAUGUUUGCUGCAGGUAGAUGUACAGUUUGAUAGUGGGGAAUAUAGCUGUGACUGUAAAGGACCAUGCAAAUAUUCACUGUCAACUAAGGUGUGCAAUAAAGGGCCAUCAUUUGGAUGAAUUUGUCAGUGACAAGUUAAUACUUCUUUAAAAUGUGGUUAGAUCGAAAGAUCAAAAGCCAUGGGACCAUAACUUAUCAAAGCAUCGGUGAUUUUCAAAUAGAUUUCCUUUAUUGAAUUUAUAUUUUCAUUAAUUUUAUAUGACUAGUCAGUUGCUUCGUUUGUAUUAUAUCUUGUUACUUGUUUCUUUUUUUUUUUAUUCUUUUUUUUUUUUAACUUGUAUAGAUAGUUUGUUUUUGUAUCUGUCCAUUCCUGUCUAACUGAAAAAUAUUUGCAUUAAAACAUUUUCUACACUUUGGCAGUGGGUUAUUAUGCUUGCUAAAUUUCUUGUAAUAUUAGAUUUGAAUCAAGUUUACCGUUGGUCCAAAAAAAAAAGAAGAAUUCUUUGAUAUUCCAUAAGUAUAUAAGAAAGAUGCAUGACAUUUACUUUGUGAAUAGGGGCAAUAUAGAGAUUAUUCAUGUUAUAUCAUUCUUUUCUUGGACAAAAUUUUUGGUUGUUUUGGCAACGGAAACUGUAUAAUCUGCAUUCUGAAAUAUAUAAUGUAGGUGACUAAGGACCAUGAAACUUCAUCAGUGAAUAGAAAACACUCAUUACAUUAUAUGUUAAUAAAAAUAAUGGUUUCUGUGAACCACAACUUUGAAAUAAUUAUCUUUCAACAUUUCCUCAUUUCCCAACUAACUGCAUUUCUAUGAAACUUCAUACACUUACUCCUGUAUAUAAGAACUUUUCACAGGUGCUGACCUUAGUUGGUGAAAUAAAUUCUUUAAUUUUGUAUGUAAAGG